UUUCUUUUGAUGAGUUUAAUUUAUGCACGUUCGAACAGCCUUCUUACCAAUGUUUUUUUUUUUUUGAUGAAAUAUAAACAUCCGAAUUCCAGCUUUGCAUGCGUCUUCACCGGAGUCAUCUUGUGUGUCAUAAUCUUUGCAUAUAUUGGUUGAGAUCAUUAUCCGUGAAUUCAUUCGGUUAAUUCUAGGGAGGCUCCUCUUCGUUUUUUUAUACUGUCAGUAUAUAUAAAUAUAAAUCCUUUCUAGAAACAGAUCCAAAAUGUUAACAAACAUACAAUCCGAGUUCUGUCAUGUUUCAUAUACUAUAACCAAAUGUUGUACUUUUUUUUUCUGUUCUGUCAUGUUUCAUAUACUAUAAGCAAAUGUUGUACUUUUUUUUUCUUAUUCUUUACUAAACUCUACACCCACUAUAACCAUCUUUACUCUGACUCUCUGAUGUCCCACCAUUGUCCUUAGCUUUCCCAUAAUUUAAAUUAGUAUAAACAAUAAAAAAGAAGACACCUACAACUCCACUCUUCAAUUCCCCAAAGUUCCCCUUUUCCAUGUAUACUUUGAAGUGGCCCUUAGAAAUUAAACAGCACCAUAUUUUGUCCUUGAUGAAGUCCUAUCACUAGCUAGUUUUAUUACCACUACAAGUCAACAACAACAAGAAGCUGGUUAGUUUGAUUUCUUGUGCUGUUCUUCUAAUUUGUGUUUGUGUUGCUCGGAUUAUUCAGAAAUGUCAACAGGACAAUGUUAAAUUGUUUCAAUUGAUCAUAAGACAGUGUAAGUUCCUAAAUUCCUAAUACUUAACCAAAGAUGCAAACACCAAGGUUCAAUCUUGAAGUUGAGGCCUUGUUUGAAGAUGAUUCUGAUAUUACUAGCCAAGUAGCUUCAAACAUAUGUACCGAUGAAACGUUCACCGAUACUUCCAAGAACAGAGUUAUAGAUUUCACUCAGUUAAGUUCAGAACCUGUGUCACUUGACUUGUCUCUUAGCCAGGAUUCGAUAGGCGGUUUUUCAGUAUCAAGCACAAGUGAAAGCAGCAAUGAACUUCCAACUACACAAACUACGGUGUCAGGACCGGGAUUUCAACGAGUUUUUAAUUGCAAUUUCUGUCACAGAAAAUUCUAUAGUUCACAGGCACUUGGUGGACACCAGAAUGCACAUAAAAGAGAACGAACACUAGCGAAACGUGCUAUGAGAAUGAGCGUUUUCUCAGAAAGGUAUACUAAUUUGGCGUCUUUGCCGUUGCACGGAUCUACAAUAAGGUCUUUAGGGAUCAAAGCCCAUUCUUCACUACACCAGGGGCCGAUGAGGCCACUCGAUUUUAAAACAAGCUCGAGAUUUGAGUAUGGUAAUCGCCAGAGUCCACCAUUGUACAUGGAAAAUGAUGAGGCUGAUCAAUUACUAUGGCCUGGCAGUUUUCGUCAAGUGACAAAUCCCGGUAUCUCUCAUGCUAAUUUUGCUCUUGCUGGAUGUUCAAAUGUCACAUUGACUCCAUAUGUUGAAAAAGAUGAACCAAUUGCACCAGAUCUCACCCUGAGGCUUUGAGAAGUUCAUUUAGUUUUCUUGUUUUAUCUGUACAGUAAAAUAUAUUGUCCUAAGUGUGGAUACUGAGAAAUAGAACUUUUCCAAUGCCACAAUGCCUGCUCAGGCUAGUGUGAUUAGGACAUUAGAAGAUUGUUUUACAAUUUGAAUGUAUUAGUUAUGACUUGUAACAAUUUGAAUGUAUUAGUUAUGACUUGUAAUGGUUAUCUGACUUGGUAUUCGCUUCUUAUAAGAUUGCAUUAC